AGUAAGCCUUAUGAGGGUGUUAGCGAAUCGGAUUGGGAAUAUCUAUGUAAUUGUUGGAGCGACCCUUCAUAUCUGCAAAAAGCUUUGAAGAAUGCUGAGUCAUGUAAGAAAAGAAAAUGGAUUUCUAGAAACGGAUCUAAAAGUACAGCACGCCAUCACAUUAGUCGUGGGGUUGACUUAAAUGCUCCUGUUGGUCAUAUUGAGACGUGGCGUCUCCGUCAUUGGCAUCCAGAACGUGGUUGGGUAUCUGUAGAAGCUGAAUCUAAAUAUGAAGAAAUUAUGGAAUUGAGAAGAGAAAAAUCACCUGAAGAUUUAACUGAUAAACAAAUAUUAGAGAAGGUGCUUGGACGAGAAUCUGUUCGUCUAUUUGGUUGGGGACGGUCUCCCACUGGGUCCAAAAGAAGCAAAGGUGAUUCAAAUAUUCCAACUUAUACUCAAUUGAUGGAUCGUGUUGGAGAACUUUAAGGCACUGUUGAAAUGAUGAAAAAGUUGUUGAUUGAGAAGAAUAUUAUGCCUCCCAUGUCACAUGUUCCUUUAGAUCAUUGUUCAGUACCGCUUAAUCGUGGGUCAUCCUCUAUUGAUCGAGGCCAGCAUGUUGACGGUUAUGAGGACUCUACUUCUGAAUAUGAUAAUAUUGUAUAGAAGCAAAAUUCAUAUUAGACUUAAUACUUUGUAUUGCGGCACCAGCUAGUUAAUGUUUUAUUUUGUUUGGCAGUUUUUGAUUAGCUAAUACUUUGUUGAAAUUGAAUAUUUUAGUUUGAAC